GACUACGCACCGAUGCGACUACGCUGUUAUUGGGAUUCACCGAUUGCUUGGGUUGACUCAUACCACAUGCGAGUGACACCAUCCCCUGUAAUAAUGCGAACUCCGGUACUCAGUGGAGUGGAAAUGGCUUAUCAAAUCACGCUUCGUAAUGGAUUAUCGGGGGACUUUUUCCGGGAGCACUUCUCAGCCGAGAAAUUUGGAAAUCUGGAGAUGGACAUGGUGUUCUUUUUAUUUGUUUCCGUACUACUGUUUUUUGCAGUAAUUAUUGCCUCUCAAUUGCUGUAUAGCACAUCCACAAGCGCACUGUUUUCCGGUCUGUUGUUGUUAAGCAGCGGCUACACAGUCGUGCAUCGGCUUCUGUCCCGCACGCUCGUCAUUGUUCUCUACAUCUUCCUUGGUACCUACAUACUGGUCAACGCUGCAACACAGAUUUCCAUGGUAUUGCUGGAGACACGGGGUGAUGUGCUGUCACGUUAUCACUCCAAAGCUGGCUACGUCUUUGUCAGCUUGCAACUUAUUGCUUGGGCAGGAUUCUGCGUCAGUUGCGGUUACACUCUGUUCAGUUGGUCUCAGAAACGCCUGUUUUUCAUUCGGCUUGCAGCGAUAUUUUCCCUAUGGUUCUGGAACAUUCCGUUGUGGACAUUUGUCACCAUUGGUGUGACGCACAAACGAUUCACCGAGAAUCUGAUUCGCGUGUGGGAUGAACUAAUCACACUUGGAGCAUAUAUUCUAUUGAUGCUUAUCCUUCGUCCAGAAAACACCAACACCGUUUUCCCGUUCCAUCUAUCACACCCGGAGGGAACAAGUCGCGAGGCAAUUGUUCCACCGCAGAAGCCUACAAAAACAGAGAAAACUCUACCCAGUCUUCUAGCUCCGAUCCGGUCCACCGAGUCACCAGUACUGUCCCGUUCGCGGCCACGUACCCCGGAGACACCACAAACCACUAAAUCUCCGGGAAAGGCUUUGUCACCCAGAAAACCAUUACCUGGAAUCGGUGGAAAGCCAGGUGAUACCCCUGGACCGGGAUUCACACUGUCGCACAAUUUGGCCGAGAUUGCUGCCACUGAUGGUCAUUGGCCAAAUCGACCCCGUACAACACCGAGUAUGAAUACGACCCAGGUCAAACUGGAACCAAAACAUGUUUCGGCCAGUUGA